UCGUCCAGUGGCUAGGCCGGAUGUAACGGCUGUGAAUUUGGACGAUAAUUCCAGCCGUUACAUCCGUGAAUGUCAUGUUGCCUAGCAACCGUGAGUCCCGAAAACAGAGCGGAGUAUUGAACCAGCUCAAAGUUUUCCUGCCUUAUUUGAUCCAACUUUUAAUCUUGGAGGUGUAAUUAUAAAAACGUGUAAUCAUUUUUUAACACCGUCUCCCACUUCACAGUCUGCCACCGUUAUCAGAAAAUAUCUAGGUUUGGCUGCAAUGCAUCUUGGGAUAUGUACAGCAUAGACGGAUACAGCAGAUCAAUCCUUGAAAUCUGGGAAAAAGAAGGCCGUAUCUUAGAGGCCGCAUUUGAAGGAGUCGUUGAAUUUGGACAGCUCGUGUCGCGUGACGUAAGCAGCCUUCAAAUGCAGCCCAGGAAGAAUGCAGCCCUAGAAUUCGGACACGGCCUCAGAGCGAUGACUGUCUACCGGAUUCAACAUGGCGGCGCCCGUGUCACGAAGCAACGGUGAUGGAUUUGGCCUCGUUUCACAAGAGCUGGAGGUUUCUACGGAUCAUGACGAUUAUCGGCCGCCGGUGUGGAAGUCCUACUUGUACCAGCUCCAGCAGGAGGCGCCACACCCCCGCAGAGUCACCUGCACCUCCGAGGUGGAGAACCGUCCUAAAUACUACGGCAGAGAGUUCCACGGGAUGAUCUCCAGGGAGGAAACGGACCAGCUCCUGAGUCAGGCCGAAGGCAGCUACCUCAUCCGAGAGAGCCAGAGGCAGCCGGGCACCUACACCCUGGCCCUGAGGUUUGGGAAUCAAACCCGAAACUUCCGUCUGUACCAUGACGGGAAGCAUUUUGUGGGCGAGAAGAGGUUCGAGUCCAUCCAUGACCUGGUGACGGACGGCCUCAUCACGCUCUACAUCGAGACGAAGGCGGCGGAGUACAUCGCCAAGAUGACCAUCAACCCCAUCUACGAGCACGUGGGCUACACCACCCUGAACCAGGAGCCCACCCUGAAAAACCAGGUGCAGCGCUGCCCGGACGAGCCCGACGCCGCCCGCGGCAGGAACGACUGCAGCACGGAGAGGCUGACAUCGCUGGUGCGGCGGGCGACCCUGAGGGAGAGCGACCUGGCACCCAAAUACGAGAAGGUUCACAACUUCAAGGUUCACACAUUCAGGGGCCCCCACUGGUGUGAAUACUGUGCCAACUUCAUGUGGGGUCUCAUCGCUCAGGGUGUGAAGUGCGCAGACUGCGGGCUGAACGUCCACAAGCAGUGCUCCAAGGUGGUGCCCAACGACUGCCAGCCCGACCUCCGGCACGUCAAGAAGGUGUACAGCUGCGACCUGACCACGCUGGUGAAAGCCCACAACACCAAGAGGCCCAUGGUGGUGGACAUGUGCAUCCAGGAGAUCGAGGCUAGAGGUCUUCAGUCUGAAGGGUUGUACAGAAUUUCCGGCUUCAGCGAGCUGAUAGAGGACGUCAAGUUGGCCUUUGACAGAGACGGAGAAAAAGCGGACAUUUCCUCCAGCGCGUAUGAAGACAUCAACAUCAUCACUGGAGCCCUGAAGCUGUACUUCCGGGACCUGCCCAUUCCCCUCAUCACCUACGACGCGUACCCCCGCUUCAUUGAAGCUGCCAAGAUUUCAGAUCCAGAGAAACUGCUGGAGUCUCUCCACGAAGCCUUAAAGCUGUUGCCGCCGGCGCACUGCGAGACGCUGCGAUACCUCAUGGGUCACCUCAAGAGAGUCACCCAGUACGAGAAGGAAAACCUGAUGUCCAGCGAGAACCUGGGGAUCGUCUUCGGCCCCACGCUGAUGCGGGCCCCCGGCCUGGACGCCAUGACGGCGCUCAACGACAUCCGGUACCAGAGACUGGUGGUGGAAACCCUCAUCGCCCACGAGGACGUCGUCUUCUGAGAGCGGAGACGAGGGGGAAAACUCUGGAGAUGCUUGAAAGUCUUCAAACCCAUUUUUUAGCGUUGAAGAAGCUGAGAAGAAAUGAAGGAAGUUCUGAAGGAGAAACCGUAACGAAUAAACCAGCGAGAGGACAGAAGGAUGCCAUUUCUCUCUCGCUGUGGGAUCCAUCCUUCUGUCUUCAUCCCUCCUUUCUUAAAUUGGACUCCUUCACAUUUUUUAUUUCCCAUAAAAUUAGAAAGCGUUUGUGCCUCCCACCUCCGAAACAAAACGAGCCUCGGAGCGCAGGAUGAGUCACUACGUUCAGGAAGACGGCAAACCCAACGCUCCAUCAAAGGGAGAGUUUGACGUGUGCGUUAAGGAGGACAGCAUGAGAAGUGACAUCAUAAGGUCUAUUUUAGGUGCAGAGGAAGCGUUUUUCCUCCAUAACCUUCGUCACAAAUGCUUUCCUUCGCUUCAGUUCCAGAUGUUUGCUGUCCAUUUCUGGCUCUGAAGGUUAAGACAGCAGGAUGAAUGAAUCAAAGAAGUGACCCGCCCACCCCUCAGAAGGAUUUCACGUGAUCUGGACCUACUCAGUCUCUUUUUUCUCUCUCAUGAACUACUUUAGCUAACCUAAAAUUGCACAGAGAUCUAAAAAGCAAAAAACAGCCUUUUAUUACUCAAGAGUAAAUCAGUUCUGUUAUCGGGUAAAGACGACGGCGGUUCGUCUGCGUUCUCUCCUCCACCCGCCUGAGGAUGAAGUCGCAGACGACAGCCGCGUCAGGGGAAUGUAAAAAAAGUAGUGCCAGUCCACACGAUGUGUUGUCAUUCGCUCGUGUCCACAAGCAGCAGGUGAACAUGUGACCGGCUUCGUUUGACUAUUUUAGCUGCUCUAAAGCAAAUCUGCUUGGUUUGUAGAAGUAAUCGCUACUUGAAGGUUCCUGCUCCGGUAUAAGUGUUGGACGAUUAACAUGAAGGACUAAAAUUUUUCUUCUUUAUUGCGCGUAAUUAUUUGGUAAAGAUGGAUGUAUCUCAGCACUCUGAACCCCGUCCUUUACCCCAUUUUUGUCGGGGCGUUGCUUUCAGUUUGGCUUUAAAUGCAGAGUUGGAUUUAGAUUAAACGGAAUGGCAUUAAAAUUCGUUUUUCUAAACUUUUUCUUAGUUCCAUGAAGAUCGUUUUUCCACGUACCUGCAUCCGAUUAACAAUUUGUGAGCCUCCAGUGAUCUGUUUCUUUUUUUUUUAGCAUAAUGAAAUCUGUAUUUUUUAUCAUUGUCAUUGCUGUGAAGUAUUUUCUAUGUUUUAUGCAUGGUGGAAUUAAAUUAUUGAUGAUGGCUUACAA